GUUCAUUUCCUUCGUUUGCUGGAUGCAGUUUUGGCUUUGACGUGUCACUCUCCCGCAGCUGGGGAUGCUGGCCCCAGGCUCCUUGUCUCCCCUGCGCCGGGGUGGGGGUUGCUGGUUGGGACCCCCAGGGCCAGGCUGGCAGAUGUGGCUUCCAUGGCCUGUUGGAUAUUAACUCGUGAGAAAUGCUCAAGCAAAAAGGCUUCACAGAUGGAGGGGGAAUCAUUUCUGUGCAGCCCAGGGGCACCCCAGAUCCUGAGAGCAGGCGCAGAGGAUACCCUGGUCUGGGUGCACCCCCACAUGGAGCCACCAGGAGCUCUGUGGUCCUGCCUGGGGGCAGAAAGGGGGUGCCUCUCUGGGGUCUCCGGGAGUCUAAGGGGGAGCUUGAGAGAUGGGGAGCCCCUGGCUCCAGCGCAGCCAUGGCUGCCCCCGGGGCCUAUGCCCGGCUCCCCCCCCCCAGCUUACCACCCGGCAGACCGGCUCUGCUCCUUUGCCAGGUGUGUGGGUCACUUGGAGGGGGACCCAGGCUGACCGUCAGCAGCCUGCACUCUGAGGGGUGCCUGCACAGCAGGGCAUUCUGAAGCACCCCACGUGACUGCAGCCCGUGUCCCCAGGAGUUGCCACAUGCCUCUGGCACCAGGUGGCAUUCACGGUGUCGCACUGUACUCCCCAGCAUCUCCAUGGCACCCUCAGUACCCCAGUCCCUCGGAACUGCUCCGCAUGCCUCCCUGCUGCCACUGUCUGUGCUUGCUGCAGGGGCGCCUGCUCCCAGCACCCCCCACCGGCCUUGCCCCUGGGUCUGACCAUCUGGGCUGCACCAGCCUCCUCUCCCUGGCCGAGGCCUGUCCACAGAGGCCUCUACGGCUGGAACUCAGAGAAAUGUCCUGGACGCAGGCCCGGCAGAUGUUCGAGGGGGAGAUGGCGAGCCUGGAGGCCCUCCGGAGCACCGGCCGGGUGCGGGCGCCGAGGCCCCUCAAGCUGAUCGACUUGCCCGGUGGGGGGGCUGCCUUUGUGAUGGAGCACCUGAAGAUGCGCAGUCUGAGCAGCCAGGCGUCUGUCCUCGGAGACCAGGUGGCCGAUUUGCACCUUUACAACCAGAGGCUGGGGGAGAAGCUGAAGGAGACGGCGAGCGCCGUGGGCCAGCCAGCCGAGCCCCAGCACGUGACCAAGUUUGGCUUCCACACCGGGACCUGCUGCGGCUUCAUCCCGCAGGUGAACGAGUGGCAGGACGACUGGGCCACCUUCUUCACCCGGCACCGGCUACAGGCGCAGCUUGACCUCAUUGAGAAGGAGUACGGCGACCGGGAGGCGCGAGAGCUCUGGGCGCAGCUGCAGCUGCAGGUCCCCCAGCUGUUCUGUGGCCUCGACAUCGUCCCCGCCCUGCUCCACGGGGACCUCUGGUCUGGAAACGUGGCCGAGGACGACGUGGGGCCUGUUGUCUAUGACCCGGCUUCCUUCUACGGCCACGCUGAGUUCGAACUGGCGAUUGCCCUGAUGUUCGGGGGUUUUCCCCGCCCCUUCUUCACCGCCUACCACCGGAAGAUCCCCAAGGCCCCGGGCUUUGACCAGCGGCUGCUGCUGUACCAGCUCUUCAACUACCUGAACCACUGGAACCACUUUGGGCCUGCGUACCGGGGCCCGUCCCUGGCCACCAUGAGGAAGCUUCUAAAGUAGCCGAGGGCCCAGGGCAGUGCCCAGGUGACCUGGGCAGCCAUACGGGAUAAUAAAGCCUGGCCAGAGCUUCAGGGCUGGCUCUCGGCCUCUCUC